CAGUGACUUCCCAUCUCUUGCACACCUUCACUCUCCUCUCCUUCCUCCUCUCUCCACGACCGAGGUGUGUCCCUCCGCGGUGAAAGAUGCUGUCCUGUACGGAGAUGAUCACCAUGUGCCUGCAGUCCGCCAAACACAAGCACCUCCGGGCUCAGCAGCAGCAGCAGCAGCAGCAGCACAGCGACGGACAGGGACUGACCAUCUUUCAUGAUAUUUUCCGCCGAGCAGACAAAAACGAUGAUGGUAAACUGUCAUUUGAUGAGUUCAAUACUUACUUUGCUGACGGGAUCCUGACCACUGAAGAGCUGCAGGAGCUUUUCUUCUCCAUCGAUGGCCGACAAAACAAUAAUCUGGACACUGACAAGCUAUCAGAUUAUUUCUCUCAGCACCUGGGGGAGUAUCUCAACGUCCUCUCGGCUCUGGAGACUCUGAAUGUUGCCAUUUUAAAGGCGAUGGAUAAAACCAAAGAGGAGUACCAGGGCUCCAGUGUGUUGGGUCAGUUCGUCACCAGGUUCAUGCUCAGAGAGACGUCCAGUCAGCUGCUGUCUCUACAGAGGUCACUGCAGUGUGCUAUGGAGGCUGUGGAGGAACAGAGCAGCCCUGCACCAAGAGAGGUAAAGGCACCAGACCUGACAGCAGUGCAGAGGAAUGGCAGGCGAUGUGGUCGGAGGGUCCAUAAUAAUCUGUGCAUGUCCCCAUCAGAUCCCUGCUCUGGCAUCUUGACCACAGGUGUGAACAUGGAAGAUGGAGAGAACUGGUGCUCUCAAGUCAACAGGCUGCAGCAGCUUCUGGACAAACUGGACUGUCAGAGUCCCAAGUUGGAGCCACUGAAAGAGGACACGCUGGCCAGCACAUACAAGUCUAACAUCCUUCUGGUUCACAGGCAAAUGUCUGUGACUGACGGAGAUCAGGACAACUUCCAGAAAGUUGUGAAAAGCUACAUGGAUGCAACCUCAGCUCACUCUGACAACCUGCAUGUGUCCGUUCAGAAGCUCCCGGGAAAGACAUGUUACAUAAUGUAUGAGUUCUGGCAAGACCGCAUCUCCUGGAUGAGCUACCUGCAGUCCAACAGCAGUAAGGAUUUCCAGCGCUGCAUCAUCGACAUGAUAGAGGACGCUGAAGUUGUGUCCACUAUGUUGCUCCCAGUCUUCAGCAAGAACUCAGCGGCGCAGCUGGACGUCUGCUUUUCUCUGGGCGAUGACAAGCCAGCUGCAGUUGGACUCGGCAUGGCGGCCCAGACAGAUGAGUGGGGAAUGGAGUGA